CGGGCGGACGGGCGGAGGGAGGGAGGGAGGAGGCGGCGCUGCGAUCGGAGCCGAGCCCAUGCCCCGGGACGGCGGGCGGGCCCGGAGAGACCAGUCCGGGGCCCGGGGCAUGUCCCCGGGACCCCCCUGAAGCAGCGGCGGCGGCCAUGGAGGAGGUCCCGCCGCUCCCGGAGGAGGCGCCGCCCGGGCCCGACGGCGACAACGCCGCCGCCGAGGCCCCCGCCGUCGCCGGGCCCCCGAGUCCCGCCUCGCCCCCCGCCGACGGGCGCCUCAAGGCCGCGGCCAAGCGCGUCACCUUCCCCUCGGACGAGGACAUCGUGUCCGGCGCCGUGGAGCCCAAGGACCCCUGGAGGCACGCCCAGAACGUGACGGUGGACGAGGUUAUCUGCGCCUACAAGCAGGCGUGCCAGAAGCUGAGCUGCAGGCAGAUCCCCAAGCUCCUUCGGCAGCUCCAGGAGCUCACCGACCUUGGCCACCGCAUCGACUGUCUGGACCUCAGAGGUGAGAAGCUAGACUACAGGGCAUGUGAGGCAUUGGAGGAGGUGUUCAAGAGGCUGCAGUUCAAGGUGGUGGACCUGGAGCAGACGAGCCUGGACGAGGAUGGUGCCUCGGCCCUCUUCGACAUGAUCGAGUACUAUGAGUCAGCCACGCACCUCAACAUCUCCUUCAACAAGCACAUCGGCACCCGGGGCUGGCAGGCGGCCGCACACAUGAUGCGCAAGACCAGCUGCCUGCAGUACCUGGACGCCCGCAACACACCGCUGCUGGACCACUCGGCGCCCUUCGUGGCCCGCGCCCUGCGCAUCCGCAGCAGCCUAGCCGUGCUGCACCUGGAGAACGCUAGCCUGUCGGGGCGACCGCUCACGCUGCUCGCCACUGCGCUGAAGAUGAAUAUGAAUCUGCGGGAACUGUACUUGGCUGACAACAAGCUCAACGGCCUGCAGGACUCAGCCCAGCUGGGCAACCUGCUCAAGUUCAACUGCUCCCUGCAGAUCCUGGACCUGCGCAACAACCACGUGCUCGACUCAGGUCUGGCCUACAUCUGCGAGGGCCUCAAGGAGCAGCGGAAAGGGCUGGUCACCCUGGUGCUGUGGAACAACCAGCUAACGCACACGGGCAUGGCCUUCCUGGGCAUGACGCUGCCCCAUACCCAGAGCCUGGAGACCCUGAACCUUGGCCACAACCCCAUCGGCAACGAGGGCGUGCGGAACCUCAAGAACGGGCUGAUCAGCAACCGCAGCGUCCUGCGCCUCGGCCUGGCUUCCAGCAAGCUCACCUGCGAGGGCGCGGUGGCCGUGGCGGAGUUCAUCGCCGAGAGCCCCCGCCUCCUGCGACUGGACCUGCGGGAGAACGAGAUCAAGACGGGCGGGCUCAUGGCGCUGUCCUUGGCCCUCAAGGUGAACCACUCGCUUCUGCGGCUGGACCUCGACCGUGAGCCCAAGAAAGAGGCGGUGAAGAGUUUUCUGGAGACACAGAAGGCACUGCUGGCCGAGAUCCAGAGCGGCUGCCGGCGCAACUUCGUGCUGGCACGGGAACAGGAGGAACAGGCGCGGCUGGCUGGGGCCCUGACCGACAUCACCAUCGCCCCUGUGUCCCCUGCCGACGCCGCCACACCUGAUGGCCCCCCAGAGCCCCCUGCCACCACCGGCACCCACGAGAACGGCACUCCCGCCAGCCCCAGCCCGGACUCGGAUUCAGACUCGGACUCUGAGCGGGAGGCUGGGGAGCCGGAGGGGCCCUGCCCGGCCCUGGUGACCCCCACGGACACCCUGGACCCCAGCGACAGGAGCCUACCUGGCAGCCCAGCUGAGCAACGCAUCUCUGUGUCCAGCCCCGGCCGUGGCCACAAGGUGUUUGUGGUCACCCGGGUGGAGAGUCCCCCCGAGAGCACCGACCCUCCUGUGCCGCCUGCCCCCCUCGCCCCUUCCCCCGAGGCCGGGGACAGCCAGGACUUGGGGGCACCCGAGCCACCGCCGCCACUGCCAGGGCCCCCAUUGCCCAACGGCCUGAAGCCCGAGUUUGCCCUCGCCCUGGCCCCAGAGCCGCCCCCUGUGCCCGAGGUCAAGGGAGGCAGCUGCAGCCUGGAACACGAGCUGAGCUGCUCCCGGAACGAGCAGGAACUGGAGAAGCUGCUUCUGGAAGCCAGUCAGGACUCGGGGCAGGAGACACUGUGACACUUUAGUUCCUUUAUUUCCAGGGGGUCUUCGAGGAGCUGAGGCCAGAGCCAGGAGACACUGCUCGCCCUCACCCCAGCCUCCCUCCGGGGCCAGGACCCCACAACACUACAGGGGGUGGGGUCCCAGGGAGGCCCCGCCACUCCAUCUGACCACUACUGUGUGUGUGCGUCUGGUGUGGGGGGACCUGGGGGCCACAGAGAGGCGUCGGAGAACCUUGGCCAUGAGGCGGCACCUUGCCUACCGGAACUCUGGGGGUCGGGGUCCCGGCUGCCCUGUUGCAGGGUGGGCAGUGCCCCAGCUGUUGAUGGGAUGUGCCUGCAUGGCUGGACAGUAUGGUGGUGGUGGCGCCCUGGGCACGGGUGGGGGGUGGGGGGGUCUGGGCGGAAGAUCAGAGCUUUUUUUCUUAAGUGCAAUAAACCGAUCAGGGAGCCGGGUGGGGAGCAGCCCUGCCACGGGGCGCCUGGAGACGGGGCUGUGGGUGCAUCUCUGUUCUCUCCUUUUGUAGUAAACCAGAGUUGGAUUC